UUUUUUAGCAACAAGUAAUUCUGUCAUAUCAGCUUUAUUGAAUGAACAACAAACACUUGAAAAUGAAGCUGCAAGUAAACAUUUAGAUCUAAUGACAACAGAUGAUGCACGUAUUGAUAUAAAAUCUCAAGUAAAAACAUUUGCAAAUAAUUUCCAGAAAAAAUGUUCCAAUAAAAAUAUUCAUAUUGAUACACUUAUACAAGAUUAUGGGACAUUUAAAGAUACAAUUAAAAAACGUAUACAAACAAAUUCAAUUUAUCGAGAUGAGAGUGAAGAUUUAAUUCAUCGUGUUCGAGAUUAUGUUGAGAAAAUAAUAUUUUCAAAAAAUUAUUCAUUAAUAUUUAAUCGUAUUGCAACUGAAUGUGAAGAACAAGAUUUAUCUAUACAAAAUCGAAUAUCAUCUCUUCAUUGGGUAACACCAACAAUGUUAGAUGCUGUUCUCAAUGAAAAUACUUCCAAUGUUGGAGAAACACUUUAUAAAGCAAUUAAUGCUUUAAUUGAAUUGGAUUCAAAAACAACUCCGCAAGGAAAAAUACUUUCAAUUAUGGAAUGUAAAUUAUUUAUUGAAGAAGCUUUACGUACAUGUAGUGGAAUAACAAUAAAUGCCGAUUGUUUUCUUCCGGCACUUAUCUAUGUUGUAUUAAAAGCGAAACCGCCAAGAUUACAUUCCAAUAUAGAAUUUUUAAGUCAAUUUUCUCAACCAAGUGGUGAACAACUUUAUUAUUUAGCUAAUCUUGAUUCGGCCGUUCGUUUUAUUGAACUUUUACAAGCUGAACAUCUUGGUUUGUCAUCUAAUGAUUUUUCUUUAUAUAUGCGUGGUGAACCAAUAUUACCAUCAAGAUUUGUUCCUCUCUUUGAUUAUCCAUUAGAAAACAAUUCUAGUAUUGAACAAUUAAGAAAAAUAACUAUAGAUUUUUCUGAAAUAGAACAUCAUUGUGGAAAAGUUGAUGAAAAUAUUCAAGAUUUUAAGAAGCGUUUAACACAAUUAGUAACAGAUACAAAUGAAUUAUUAAAUGGUUCAUAUAAACGUUAUUCAUAUUUUGAACAAAUUCCACAGUUAGCUAAUAUUGAUACAAUAGAUCAAUCAAUAACAGAAAAAAAACAGCAUUUAUCUGAACAACAACAAGAAGAAACAAAAACUGAUCCAUCAGACAUCUAG